AUGGAUAAACUUAGACGAGUUAGAAGUUUUGUUGGUAAUAUAAAUCUGUUCGAUGAUGAAAAAGACAUGGUUCUCAUCGAUCAAUUACUUGUCACACGAAUAUUUCUCUUUCUUCUCACCACAACUCUCACUAUCAUCAUUCUCUUUGCUACUUUUACUCUUCAAACUAAUUCUGUUACAAUCCAUUCACCAUCUCAAAGUGAUUUCGAAAAACUUAAUGAAAACUAUCCAAGUACAUUAUCAUGUCCAUGUUCACAAACCUGGAUUCGUUAUGAUCGAUUUCUCUCAGGGAAACGGACAGUUGCUCGCGCGGACAGUUGCGCGUGGACAGUUGCGCACGGACAUUUAGUCGCUCGGACAUUUGCUCGUUAG